AAGUCGCCCUCCUCCCGGGCAUAAACAAACCUCGCCUGGCUCCGCGCUCCGGCUCGGGAGCACUCGCCCAUCCUCGCGGCUCUCCUCGUCCGCUCUGGGCGUCUCAGCCUAGCUCCGGCUCCUUUUACCUUUUUUCUCUACCUUCGGCAGGUGACAGUGGGGACAUGUCUCGGGAGCUGCAGGACGUGGACCUUGCUGAGGUGAAGCCUUUGGUGGAGAAAGGGGAGACCAUCACUGGCCUCCUGCAAGAGUUUGAUGUUCAGGAGCAGGACAUCGAGACCCUGCAUGGCUCCAUUCACGUCACACUGUGCGGGACCCCCAAGGGAAACCGGCCUGUCAUCCUCACAUACCACGACAUUGGCAUGAACCACAAAACCUGCUACAACCCCCUCUUCAACUCCGAGGACAUGCAGGAGAUCACCCAGCACUUCGCCGUCUGCCACGUGGACGCGCCCGGCCAGCAGGACGGGGCUGCCUCCUUCCCCGUGGGGUACAUGUACCCCUCCAUGGAUCAGCUGGCCGAAAUGCUCCCUGGAGUCCUUCACCAGUUUGGGCUGAAAAGCAUUAUCGGCAUGGGAACUGGAGCAGGAGCCUACAUCCUCACUCGAUUUGCUCUGAACAACCCUGAGAUGGUGGAGGGCCUCGUCCUCAUCAACGUGAACCCUUGUGCGGAAGGCUGGAUGGACUGGGCCGCCUCCAAGAUCUCCGGAUGGACCCAAGCCCUUCCAGACAUGGUGAUAUCCCACUUCUUCGGAAAGGAGGAGAUGCAGAAUAACGUGGAGGUGGUCCACACCUACCGCCAGCACAUCGUGAACGACAUGAACCCCGGCAACCUGCACCUGUUCAUCAACGCCUACAACAGCCGGCGGGACCUGGAGAUUGAGCGGCCGAUGCCCGGAGCCCACACAGUCACCCUGCAGUGUCCUGCUUUGUUGGUGGUUGGGGACAGUUCUCCUGCUGUGGAUGCUGUGGUGGAGUGCAACUCUAAGCUGGACCCGACGAAGACCACUCUCCUCAAGAUGGCAGAUUGCGGUGGCCUCCCACAGAUCUCUCAGCCAGCCAAGCUUGCUGAGGCCUUCAAGUACUUCGUGCAGGGCAUGGGCUACAUGCCCUCGGCCAGCAUGACCCGCCUGAUGAGGUCCCGUACGGCCUCAGGCUCCAGCGUCACAUCCCUGGAGGGCGCCCGCAGCCGCUCCCACACCAGCGAGGGCACCCGCAGCCGCUCCCACACCAGCGAGGGCACCCGCCUGGACAUCAUCCCCAACUCGGGCGGCACUGGGAACAGCGCCGGGCCCAACUCCACAGAAGUGUCCUGCUAGGCGGCCUGCGCUGCGGGGAUGGCCGCCCCCUGGACUCUGGGAUCAGUUGCUGUAGCUGUCCCUCCUCCGGCCCCUCCCCACCCCUGCCUGCCGACCGCACGUAACUCGGUAUUAAUCCAAAGCUUAUUUUGGACAAGUGAGCUCUGGUGACAACAAAGUUAGAUUGGGUUUGUGGAGGGCACCCUUUUGGCCGAGGGAGGGGUGGGCUGGACCAGAGGGAAAGAAGCAUCUCAUUGUUCUGUUUCCACUAACGAGGGGCCUAGUGGCCAGUCUCUUACCUUCCCUCCGAGACGCCAAACUGCCAAAAACAAGAAAUGCAGCAGUAAACACUUCGUAAAUCCAAGCUUAGACUGACCUGAGCAUCCUGGUCUAAGGGACAUUUGAUUGGAAGCCCAGCCCACCUACUUCCUGUCUCCUCUCCAAGGAAAGAUGAAACAGACUCAGUUUCUGGAAACCAAACCCUUUUCUGAUUUGGGGAGGGGGAGAGCAGCGAACUGCUCAUUUAACCAGGCCAAACAGGAAGUGGGGGAGUGAGGUGGGAUUUGUGCGGAGGCCCGGGAGAGUUUGGAAAAGCAAACCUACGUAGUUCGCUUGAAGAAAUAGAUUUUUAACAUUUGUGCAUAUAUACAUUUUUUAUUGUUGAAACCUACAAGCCUGUUUUUCUGGCUUUUUUUUUAAGGACAAUAAAAGCAGGCAACCACAUCUCCCAGUUUUUCAAAGAAAUGGUCUUGGCAGACAUUUGGCAUCGUGGGUUUAAGGCGUGGGCUCUGCUGCCUGCCUGCCUCCUCCACGGCCCCUACAUCCCACCCCCAAAACAUGAAUGAGUGAUUCUUUCAUUCAUGGGGAAGAUCACUGAGAUUCGCAGUUGCUUUCCUUGACGUGGAGGGAAAGAUUGCAAACAGCUUUGCCUGGCGGGGAUGCAGCUCUGUGCAGUGGGGGCAGGGGCAUCGGGGUGGGUGGCGUUUUGGUGAUUAGAUGUAAAGGAUUCCUUGUGGUUGUGAUGGAAUCCAAAGCAGUCGUGAUUUCGCUUGAUCCCAUCUGGUUCCCAGGAAUCAUGUCCACUUGAGUUAAAUCCAGCUUCCAAUCUUUGGCAAGCGGGGUUGAGUCUGAACUUGACGGCCAAACGUUUCUGACUUAGUGAUCUUCCCGGAUCUUCAGAUAGAACUGUUUGCUCUUGGUGGGGUGGGGAUUCGCAUGGGGAGCAGUGGCCCGGAAGAUGUAAAGACUCUGGGAUGUGGAGUCCAUGGGAUUUCCUUCCCUCUCCUGCCUUCCCCUCUUCCUGGCCCCUCUAACCUUCCGCUGGAUGGGGUGGCACCACUGACAUUUCUGGGCAACAUCAGCGUUGCUGUCAAGUUCCUGUACUACUCUGCCUUUUGAUUUUCAUUUUGGCUAACCAUGGAUCUCCUUAUAGGAAGUUUGAGUUGAGAGAAUGGAACAUUGUGAAUCAGCCGCUGGGGUCUAGUGGUCACUGGGAGGAUGUAGUCAAGCCUUCUAGGUACCUCGAGGGGUCUUGACUCAGUUUACCUGCCACCUACCACCUGGGAGACAGGAGUGACUGAAUCAGAGCAAGAAUCCGUUGUGUACAAGUCUUUCCAGAGGAGUUUCUUAAUAAGAUAUUUGUAUUUAUUUCCAGACCAAUAAAUUUGUAACUUUGCA